AUGGACAAAAUGGGUAGACAGAAAACUAUAGUAGAGGAAAUAGAGAGUGCCCAACUGAAGUGGUAUGGACAUGUGAGAAGGAUUGACGAUACGCGACUGCCUCAGAAGGAACUACGCACUUUGGAAUGCCGUCAUUGCGGUCUGCGACGCAUAAACACCCAAAUCUACCACCUGUUGCCUUAUUUAACCCACCUAGACCUAGGCUACAACCGCAUCCAGUUCCUGGCCAGCGACGAAUUCCAGGACCUCCAUCGCCUGCACAGCUUAAAACUGGACGGAAACAUGUUCCCGGUCAUCCUGGAGCACACCUUUGUCAACCAGCAACAGCUCAAGUACCUCAACUUGGCUAGGAACCGAAUAGCUAAGGUCCCUGAUACUUCUUUGAAGAAUUUGAGCAGUUUGGUCGAACUGGAUCUUGGUUAUAACAAGCUUAGCAAGACUGAAGGUUUGGUGUUUGUGCAUGUGAAUAAAACUCUGGAGAGAUUAGUGUUAAGUGGGAACAACUUGAAGCAAGAAUUUAUAAAAAGUAUUGUGGGGGUGUUGGGUAAGGUUAGGGAUUUGAGUUUGGCUCACAUGAAACUAGCUAGUGUUUCCAGUGGGUUUUUUCCUGACAGAAUUCGAAAUUUAAACCUUUCGGGAAACAAUUUCAGUGAAGUGACCGUCGACAUGUUUCCCAGACAGUUAUUCUCUUUAGAUUUAAGUAAAAAUGAAAUAAAGGGACUGAAUGAUAGUGUAGUGUCGUUUCUUGAAUCCAUCAAAAGGGUUGAUAUAACAGAUAAUCCAUGGACGUGCACCUGGUGUUAUAUAACAGACCUAUUUUUUCGAGUAAACGAUACAAACUUAUUUCAAAAUGCAACAUGUGCCUUUCCCAGUAUUCUCAAAGGCAAACGCCUUACGAAGUUAAAUUCGGACGAAAUUCCGUCUUGUGGUAGUACUGAAAACAACCCCGAUAGCUCGAGUUCGAUGAACAAAAAAGGUUUGUUAAUAGGGCUGGUCUGUAUAGUAACGUUCGCAGUGUUUUCGGUGGUGUUCGUGGUGUGUUCGUGUGUGAAGAGGCACCACAGGAACGCGGUGAGGCGUGCUAAGCGUGCUGCGGAGUGCCAGGAAAACAACGUGGAGCAUCUGCAGACCGCGGCUAUAUUUAGUAAGAGCGAGAUAAGUUUCCAGUUUCCGCUGGAUCUGACUGAGAGGAAGUUGUCGGUGUCGACGAUUGCUGAGAUUAAGAAGGAUGAGAGACAGGGGAUGUCAAACGGUACUAUAUCGACUGGUCUUUGA